AUGUACAAUAUCAAAUCGUAUACUCCACCGUCUUUUGAAUCGCGCAAUGGAAGCGAGACGCCUGUGGUGUCCAAUGUGCGCGUGAUGCCUCUGGAACCUGUUGCAUCGCGCGAACAGGAAAUGCGGUUUUUAGAGACCAACAGACAGUUGAAGACAGAUGCGUACAACUAUUAUAACGUUUCGGGAACAAACUUCAAAGGACCCCCAGAGGUGGAACGGAUCCAGCUAGCAUUUGAAUCCGGAAUUGAUGAAGAGAUCGAUUAUUAUCUAGGCCACUUGGUGUUUAUAUCCAAGGACAAUCCUGAGCUUCUCAAGUUCAAGAGCGGAUUCACGUUUUUGAUCGAGCCUCUGUCCAAAUACUUUGACUGUACUGUUUUGGACCCAGCAGCUGAGAACUCUGAUCUCAACAGAUGUCUGGAUGCUGCCCUCAUUAUACGAAACACCGUUCAAGAUAUCGACAAUUCUCAGGUGAUAUCAAUGAACUUCAAGAUUAAGGAGGUGCUUUUGAAGAUUGUCAACAACCGAAUCAUCCUCGACAGCGUUUUCACCGAUGACUCUUACGAGCAGUUGAAGGAACUAUUGAGAUACUCCAUGGAUAUAAUAGAGGCAAUCUCGUCGUACCUCGCACCAGCUCCAUUGCAGGAUCCGUUAUUCCUUUCACUAGUUCAACUUUUGAAAACUACCCAAGAUCGAUCCGUGAUCAUCACCGCACUGAGAUCGCUGAGUAGAUUGAUGUACAAUACGAAAAAGGAGGGCGAUGCAGCAGACCAUCUGGACAACGAAAUCUUGGAUACUGUUGUUUCGUAUCUCUCUUUGGCGGCGAACGAGAAAAAUGACAACGACGAGCUGCUGAUCACUGCAUUGGACUUCCUGUACCAAUUCAUUCUUCCGGGCCGUACACAAAAGUUGCUUUCUAGUGAAAUCAACCGGUCUGUGUUGCGGACUUUCCUCCCUAGACUACUGACCUACAAGCAAAGCUACAAAACCGAGUUCACACAGGAGAUGCCAAUUCUCAAACUCGCAAAGAAAUCCAAAGAGGGUACUCCUAGUAACCCACCACUACUUCCAGAAAGACUUGUUGCUUCUUUGAACAAUUUGGCCGAACCUAACCGUGCGACUGCGUGGAUGAGAUGUUCUUACAAGGCUACCGAAGAAGGUGACGUUACGCAAAUUUCGCUGUGGAGAUCCUACGAGGCCCAGUUCCAGAAAUCGUCUGCUGGGUCUAACCACCGUCUGCUUCCUGCUGUUGAUUUCAUCAAGAACGUCCAACACGCUUUCCCUAACUCGAACGCCAUGGUGUUGAGUUUGCCGGAUGGAACCAGAAAGUUUAUUAUCAAGGGUAUCGAGCCGCGUACGAUUCCCGUUGACAUAGACCAAGGCAAGAUAGAGGCACUCACGGAUCGAGCCACAACGGCGGACCGCAAUGAAAGCUCGGGCGAGAUCUCCCAAGAGCCAUACCAACCUAUCCAGUACAACUACAACGACUACUUGUCAUUAACAGAGAUCAACACUUCUGCGAGCUUGCUGAUUUCCGAGCUUGUGAGCGUGAAACAAGGCAAGGAGUUGUUUGUUGGACAGAAGGAGCUGCUCGUCGAUAGUCUUUUAAAGGUGCCUAACUUGUUGCCGUAUGUUUUAGGUGCUAUACAAGCCUUGGAAUAUUAG